AGGUUGAGCAGUUUAUUAUUUCAGGUUGUUAUUUGAAUUAAUACAAAAUGAUGAAAAACUAAUCACAUGUCAGAAGCACUGAUGUGAUAACAUCCUAAACCACUGUCCUUGUAAAUGUCAUAAAGGACCUUGGAUCAGAAAUCUGAACCCAGGAGUGUGCUAUCGCACAAUAGUCAAGUCAUGCUGAUGCUGCUGUAAAUAUAAUUGAACGUUAAUGUAAAGUUAUAUAUGUAGGUUAAGUUCUUGUUUGAAGAAGCAGGACAAGGUAAGUGAGUGAGGAGGAGAUAUAGAGACUGAGGAUGAUCAUUUAAGCAGAUGAAAGACUGUAUUGAUUUGUGUGUUUGUUCCUUCUGGGUGAUAAUGAUGGGACAUCAAUCCCACAGAGGUUCAAUGCAGCUGAUGUAGUUAUAGAAUCUCUGUACACUGACAUUAUGUUACAUUAAAUGGUAGAGAGGUCAGUCUGUGGUCCAACACAGCUCUACACUAGAACAGACAUCAUCCUCCUGUUUAUAUUUAGUUCAUGUGCAGCCUAUUUCUAUUGUAGAAAUGGGUUUCUACCUUUUAAUGGGCAUAUGUAAAGAAAUUAAUUUCGGUAAAGCAUUAAGUCCUUUUGUAUUAAAUUUAAACUUGAAUGUUGAUUUAUCAGCUCAGAAUAUGGCUUCUGCUCAGAUGCCACAUGUACAUUACUAGACUUCUAGUACAUAAUAAUCAUAACAACAAUCUUCUUUUUAUUAUGUUACUCUGGCUUUUGACACUGGCCAGUGAAUCAUGCAGAGGCGAAGGCGCAUUAAUCUCCAGAAAUCUGGAGGGAUGUCAUCAGAUGUCCAACAUGGUGAGGUACCAUCCACAUCAAAGCUUUCUACAAGAACUCAAAAGAGGUCAACACAUAAGGCCCAAAAAAAGAUGCCUGCAGGGACAUCAGCUGGUCGUCUUGAAUGCUUUAUUAAGAUGACGACCGAAAGAGGCCAGAUUGAGAUGACUGCAAGCAACCUGAACCAGUCAAGUCCAGUGCUUGAUCCAAUCACAAGGAUUGGACAGAUGACGACCGAAAGAGGCCAGAUUGAGAUGACUGCAAGCAACCUGAACCAGUCAAGUCCAGUGCUUGAUCCAAUCACAAGGAUUGGACAGUGUCCGAAACAUCGCCUAGUGUGCGCAACAAUAGGCUCCUUGGACAAGUGCGUUCAGUGUGUGGGACCUGUAUCCUCCUUCAAGUGGCUUCAAUGCGAAGAGGAAAUUGCAUUGAGUGACACUGAGACCAAGGACAGUGAAGGCGAGUCAGAUGACAGUGACACAGCCGUCACAGCAUCAGAGGCUGGAAAUGCUGGUUGUGCAUUAGCUUCUACACUCACAAAACAGGUCCAGGAAACUGCAGAUUUUGCAGGAACUGUGACGUCCACAGUAGAUGAGGCUUUUUGUCCGUCUGAAGGCAAAACUCAUCAAGAACACGAUUCCAGAAAAGUGAAAAAGAAGAUCUGGUCCAAGGCUGAGGUGGCUGCAGUAAUGCGGCACUUCAAAAGUCACAUAAUCAAAGGAAGACUAGCCACAAAAUAUGAAUGCAGUCACUGCAAGAUGGUCGAAGGCUCCGUGCUAGCACAACGAACAGUGCAAAAUAUAAGGGACUUUGUCAGAAACCGGGGAAUAACUGCAAAGAGGCAGACAGAGCAGCAAAAGCUGUAAAUCCACUGACUUGUGUUCAUUUGUUUUUGUUUGCAUUGUGGUUUGGCUGAUGCCUUAACGUUUUAAAAGGCCAUUUGUUUCUAAAAAUGUGUUAUUGCAAAAUGGAUACAUGUAAUACUUCAUCAGAAAAGCUAAUGGAAGUUCAUAAUGGACGUGUGUUUUGUUUGUAGCGUGUGUGGCUGCUAAUAAAAAAAAACUCCAGUUC